GUCCUUUCCACAUCCUAUCUUUACCUCCAGUUGAACCUUGGAAUUGACAAACCUGAUUGUCAGCAUGGUGUUUCAGACAGGGAAUCCAUGGCAUAGGAGACAGGAACAGGGAUGGCCAACUCCACAGGUGAUCCAGAGACAGGCAAAGACAUGGAAGAUCUGACAGAAGGCUUGGAGGAACUCUGUGAGAGUUCUAAGGAGUGGAGUGAGGAGGUGGUGCUGCUUUCACACCUAGAACAGAAUCAUCAUCUUGUCUCUAUACUGAGGGAGAAAGUGGAUGAACAUGAAUGCUGCAGAGACCUGGAGCAGCUCAGCAUGGAGCUGGAGAAACUGAGAGCAGAGGAUGCUGUGAAAAUUAAAACUCAGACCCAGUGUAUUCAGUAUUUGGAGGGGCGCUUCAUGGAUCUGGUCAAAAGCCAUGAAAAGAUGAUCCAGUUCACAUGCAGCUGUGAGAGGGAACACAUGCAGCUGUGGGAGGAGAACAAGUGCCUGCAGCAGGACAGGGAAGCACUCUUCAGCCAGGCUGGGGGGGAGACGGAAGCUAUAGUGCUCCUGCUGGUGGCCCAGGCCAGGAAGCUCUUACAGCAGUUGUGCUCCUUUCAGGAGAAAUACACUUAUGAGAGUCACAGAGCCCAGGAGCAAGAGAAGGAGUUGCUGGAAGCUCAGAGCCAGCAAGCAGGUACCUAAGCCCAGGAGGUGGAUUCACUGAAGAAGCAGCUUCAGCUCCUACAGGAGAGGCACCAACACGCUGCUGCAAGGGCCAAGCAGGCAGAGAGUCAGCAGAGGGCUCAGGAUAGUGAGCUACAGGCCAAGCUGGAAAGGGCACAUGAAGAGAAAGAGCAGCUACUGAACCUGGCCAUGGAGAGGAGCAAAGCUCUGCAAGAUAAGGAACAGUAGACUCAGAAGCUGGAGGAGAAGCUACAGACUGUGGAAGAAGCCAUGCAGAGAGAAGGAAGGUGCCUCAAGAAAGAGGCAGCAGUAGACAAAGAUCUGAAGGUUCAAGAGCUCCAAGGAUAACUAGAAUGCAGCAAGCUGGUGUAUAAUGAACUCUUGCUGCAGUUAGAUGUUUAUGGAAAGCACAGUAUGGAUUUGCUGACUAAAGAGAGAGCUCUGCAUGUCAAACUCCAUCACUUUGUUGCACAACUGCAUUUUUUUCUCUGUUCUCUUCUCAACAGGUACCUCGUAACACACUCCUGAACUUUGUUCCUUUCCAUGGGACCAUCUUCUGGUUUCUUUAUACCAUCCUCACCUCCUCCACUGACAGUUCUGUAACCUUUUUGUCAUUACACUUUUAUGAAAGUAAAUCACUAUGCUCUUAAAUCUGAGCAUGGAUCAUCGAACCAAUCAAACCUGUGACAUGAAUGAUUAGGGUGGAAAACAUAAAAUAUGAAUUUGAUUUAUUUAGUGCUAACCUCUGAUGAAUCAUAGGUUUUCAUUUUUUUUAAUUGUUAAAACCACUUUAUUUUUCAAGAUGACCAAAAACUCAAACUCGUAGCCUUUGAUUCUGCUUUGAAGUUCAAUAGAGGCAGGGCAAAUAAGAGGCUCUGAGACUCCAAGAAAGAAAUCCUACCUUGCAAUAUCUCUGAAAUUCUCUAAAUUCAGGAAUUUAACAGGUAAUCCAAUAAUCUCAUACAACAACUGAUUCUCAAGCAAAUUACUAUUUAUAGUUUUCUAGUAGUCUUACGGAUUUCUAUAGUCAUUUAAACCCUAUUUAAUGCUAGAGUAGUGUUUAUAUCCCCAUUCAGCUCAGAAUAAAUUGUCAAGUCUUUUGGGUGAUUUCAAUCUGUGCUUUGAAACAGGACAAUGUUCUAGAUGCUCCACCAGGGUUUUUUCCCAGUUCUUAUCUGUUUCCUGGAGAUAAGUAGUAGUGAUACACUCUUCCAUUUUGUGCACAUCUGGCACCUUUUGAUAAAAAGAAAAAUCUUUCCUGUCAGCACUGUGGGAUACAGAGAUCUCCCACUCUCUCCUGCUGGUCUCCUAGGCACAAAGGAAGUUUUUUGCUGCGGAAUUUAAGCUCCUGUUCUUUAAGUCCCAACAACAAAGAAACUCCAAGACAACCACCAUGACGGGCCAAACAGUUUCCCCCACCUGGGCUGUAGGCAGCUGCCUCCAGAGUACAAGUUCUUUGCCCCGUGCUUAUGCCUUGGGAUAACUCAAGAAUUUAGGUAAUGGAUUGAGUGUAUCUUGGCCCUGAGUAUCUAUAAGCCACAGCUCAAUGUCACACUUGCUUUCUAUUGAGGUCGUUUACAGAAAUGACUGGAGGCAGCAGGUCUGGAGGCCAGUGACCAGUUUGUCUCAAGGACUGGCUGAACCAGAUGUAGUUUCUGGCUCUGGCACAGGUUUCCAUCCCUGGAAGUGUUCAAUGUGAGGUUGAUGGGCCUCUGAGCGACCUGGUCUAGUGAAAGGUUUACCAGCUCAAGGCAGGGGGGUUGGAACUAGGUGAUUUUUAGGGUGCCUUUGAACUCAAACAAGUCUAUGAAUCUGUGAUUCUGACUCUACAUAAGCAGCAGCUGCUAGCAGCCUUUCUUCUGAACUUCUCUGGACUGUUCUUGAACCCAUGCAAAUCCAGGUGAGAAGUAUUUCUGUACCUGCUGUGUGACGAACCACAGCAUUUCUUCUGAUCCUGGCUCCUACAAGUGUCACUUCACACGUAUUUUAUGGACCACAUUCUCCUAUUUUUUAACCAUACUUCCCUGCUCCGAGGUGCCCACCCCACAUACACAUUUAGUUAAUCUCAGUGCUGGCAGCUACAGCCUAAACACCAACUGAUUCACGUUACACACUGUGCCCCUGGUCUGAGAGCUGGCAGCUAUGUUCAAAUUAGUCCAUAGGCAGUGAGCACCACUGGUUGCUGCAAGAGACCCUGAAACCAGGUGCCUAAAUACUCUAAAUCUGGGCAGAGACACCCGCUUGCUGUGUGACAGAACAGCUCCACAGGCCUCUGUCCUGGCCCCAGCCAUGGGGUGUGCUGGGAAA